ACAUUUGAGGUUAAAUUCUAAAAUUGUUAGUUUUUUGGUUUUUUCUAAUCUAACCUCUAAAUCUACCUAUGGCCAAUCCAACGGCGUAGAUAGUGUUGCUGUUUAUUUGCUAUAAAUACAAUAAUCUACCUAAGAAUACUUCGUCUAGGCCUACGGGGUGAUGGCGGAAAUAGAGCAACAAGAGGAGGAAAAGGAGGUUUUGCUCUCUAUUUAUGAAGGAGAUCCUGCUUUCAAACAAAUAUCUCCCACAGUAUACCAAUACAAGUACGGCAAUGACGGUGAACCAAAAUCCUUCUUGUUAGAAAUAUCUUGGGGCAAAACCUACCCAACAGAAAAACCCAAUGUGAAUUUGAAUACAUUUUACAACAAGCAUAUAAAGGAAUCAGUUAAACAAAGGAUAUGUGAGCAUUUGUUAAACGAGGCAGACCAAUUCCUGGGAGAAGCAAUGACCUACACGUUGUUCGAAUCAGCUCGAGAACAUUUAGAAGAACUGACUGCGGAACAACCAGAAUCCCCGGAUGUACCUGUUAGCGAACCUAGUAACGAGCUGCCGGAGGAAAUUGUUGAGAAAAAGGCCGCAGUGAAGAAAGAGCAACUUAGCAAAUCUCAAAAGCGGAAACAGUGGGACAGAGUAGAUGGUAAAGGAGAGAGACCGAGAGGAUGGGAUUGGGUAGAUAUUGUGAAACAUUUGUCUCAAACAGGACCAAAAGAAGACAUACCCUCGUCAUAGCCUCAAUUGUUGUUAGUUACUGAUAAAUUAAUUAACAAGUAUAUCUUGGAAAGGGUUAGAGUUCAGCUAGCUCAUCUGAAAAAUUGGAAUCUUGGGCUUUACCAAUAAAAACAAUUUGUAUGAUAACGUUUUUUAUAAAUGCCUUGAUUCGUAAUUUCGUCAGGGAGGUUUUCUUAACUCCAGCCCUUUCUAAAACAAUCAUUUGCUACAUAGCUAUCAAAUUGAUGAGAUUAAUUGAUAGAAAAAUCACUAACUAAUUUUUGUAAAGAAAAACAGUUAACUCAAAAAAAUUUUACGCCUCUAGGAACGGAAAAAAAUACAAACACUUUUACACCUUAAGCCGGAUAUUUCCUUUUGUAAAAACUUGUAGACUUAUGUAAUAUAUGAUCGGCACAUGUAUAAAGAGAUAUAUAUUUUUUUAGGUUUCUUUUUCAACUUUUUUUAUUACCCAAAAGAAAUUUAAUUUUUAACUGUUUUCCAUGUUUGAGUGAAAUUAGAAUGGUUGUGGAUGCGUAAUAUUUUUGUUUGCAUAUGACAUUUUGGUGUGGUUAGUAUUGAUUAGUAUUCAAGCUGAAUGAAUUGUGAAUGUUUUGUUUAAAGGUAGGCCUAAUUGUUGACCAACCUUGAAUCUGAUUGUAUAUAUGUAUGUAUGUGUGAAUCUGUAGUCAAAAAAGCCUAUCAAUGAAUCUUUUUUCUGAUUGAAUCCGUGAUGCUCUGGUGUAGUGUUCAUAUUUAUUAUAGUUUUAAAAUUAAGGCAAUAAUUGAUAUUUAAAGCAGCACCUUUGAGUGAGUAGCACGUCAGAAUGUAAAUGCACCGAUGUUGAUUUCGUGGGCUUACGUAUCGGUGAAGCCACUUAAAUUAUCAGUGCAGUUCAGUCUUUACUGUUUCGGCUCACCCCUUGUUUUGCUUGUUAUGUUCCUGGCACAGGCCUUCGAGUGCUAUAAGGGUGAGGAUGAGAGGAUAAAAGUGGCUGGCAACCUUUUUAUAAAAAAGGGGGAUUUGAAAGUAACACAUAGGUAUUUUAACAUUAUGUUUGACCAUGAACUACAAUUUAGAGUGUCCAUUUUACCCAGUUUUUAUUUAAAUAACAAUCUAUAUCUAUAAAUCACUAAUAAAACAAUAAUAUGAAAAAUAAUUUAUUGUAACGACAUUCAUAAAAGGAGGAGCAGCUAGCUUACCUUAGAAGAAAUACAGGUAGGGUAUAGAACACACAGAAAACACAUAAAACACACAAUAUAACAUCCUCACAUAAUAUUGUGUGUCCUGUAUUUCUUCUAAGGUAAGCUAGCUGCUAUCCCCGUUUAUACUAACUUACUUAUUCAAAAUCCUGGCCUAGCACUUUACCUGAACAAAACUUUUAUAUUACUGUAAUUAGUUAAUACAGUUGCUUUUACGGAACUGAAUGAACACAAUUCUUGUAGGCCUAUAUACAGAAGUAAAGGAGUGAUAUUGACUGUUAAUAUAUUCUUUUAAAAAUUAGUAAUAUAUUAAAUAGGAAUUUGCUAGCUUGUUUUAACUGAAUGGUUGAUAUUAUUCCAGAAAUUGAACUUAUACAGUAUACGUAAAUAAAAGGGCUUC